AUGCCGGAGGGCGACCUGAUGAUGAUGACGUACGCGACGGGCGGCGUGCGUGAGAUGCUGCAUAACUGGGUGCUCCACGUCGAGCGGCUCGGGCUGCCGGUGCUCGUCUCGGCAAUGGACAAGGACGCGGUCGCGCUCGCCACCGAGAAGAAGUUCCACUGCCUCGACUGGUCGCACACGGCCGCCGCCGAGGACACGUCGUACGUCCGCGGCUCCGAGGCGGGCUUCCGCGCGCUGGGCGUGCGCAAGCUCGACGUGCUCCUGCCGGUGCUGCGCAUGGGCAUCAACGUCGUCCUCUCGGACGUCGACUGCGUCUGGUCGUCGUCGCCGCUACCGAUGUUUCACGGGAAGGUGGCGGGGUUCGAGGACUUUGCGGCGGCGGACCUGCUCGUGGCGAGCGACUGCAUGGACCCGAUACUCGACGUGUCGGUCCGGGACCCCGGCUGCUACCACGACUCGGUCGACAAGAACACGGGCGUGCUCGCGGUGCGCGCGACGCCAAACGGGAUCGCGGCGAUGGCGGAGUGGAAGGUGCGCCUUCAGGUGGGGGAGAAGAACGAGCAGGACCAGACGACCUUCAACGACCUGAUCGACGGCAACGGGCGCGGGCACCGGUGGGGGAUGAGCAACGCGCAGCGGUCGGACUUCAAGAAGUUCGGCGAGGCGUGGUGCGGCUCGCACAAGACAAAGAGGGGGUACAACAAGCUGUGGGCUGGAGGGGAGGACCCCGAGACGGGCGGCGCCGGCGACGCGUCGGUGGUGGCACGCGGCCGCACCACGGAGGGCUCGCGCCGCAUCUUCGACGUCUGCCUGCCCAACGUGUCGAGGCACGUCCACAUCGGCACCUUCCCGGUCACCGCCGUGGCGGGCGGCCAUACCUUCUUCGUGCAGCAGCUGCAGUCGCCGACGGCGACGUGGCCAAUGGCGGUGCACGCGACGUACCAGUUCGGCGACACGUCGGACUACGCGUUCGGCAAGCGGCAGCGCUUCCGCGACUGGGGCAUGUGGCUCGAGGACGCGCCCCUCGCGCCGCGCGAGCCGUGGGUCGGCUUCAAGGACUUGCACGCGCGCGGGCGGCAGCACGUGUCGCACCUCGAGCGGGUGCGGCAGCGGCUCGCGCACGGCUUCGCCCUCGCCCGCGCCCUCAACCGCACCGCGGUGCUGCCGACGCUCUGGUGCUACUGCGACAAGUUUUGGCACCGGCUCGACAAGUGCGCCAUCCCCUCCGCCACCGAGUCGCAGCCGCUCCCCUUCGUCUGCCCGCUCGACCACGUCAUCGACCCCUCCCUGCUGCACGGCACGAUCCCCAGCCGCAUGCGCCGCCCCCAGCGCGGGAUGCAGGCCAGCCGGGCGGACGGGCCGUGGGAGGACGGGCUCCCCUUCCGGGGGCGGCACUGGCUCCGCCAGCUCGGCGCGCACCCGCGCAUCGGCUACUCCACCGCCACCCUCAGCACCGCGCCCCCCGGCGAGGCGUCUGUCCCGAUGGAGGCGCAGCUCACGUCGCACAUCUUCCCGCACUCGUGGUGCUACCGGCCGUUUGAGAUGACGCCCGAGUGGAGUGCCGUGGCGGCCAAGGGUGCGCCCAAACGCGGCACGGAGCCGUGGUGCGUGUGGGGCUUUGCGAAGCCGGCAGUGCCGGGCGUGUGCGGUGCGGUACAGCCGGUCAAGCCGGCCGACGGUGGUGGGUGA